AUGACACCCGACUGGCAAGAGCCGCAUGACGCUGGCUUCUUCGAUGCCUUGGAUUUGCGAGAGGUCACCCAAUUCCACCUCAUCAUCUUCAACUUUGAGGCGUAUCAGGACAUUUACCGCACCAUCGCGGAUGAUGCAAUCAACAUGAUUGACGAUGGGAACAUCGAGGAGGAGCACAGGUUGCAAACUUUCAUCACUAUCCACUUUUUCGAUACAGCUGAUUUGGUGGACACCAUCGGAGGUUUGCAGCGCGGCUUGGCGCAGUUGCGGCAGGAUCACGACGAUCUUCUUCGUCGCUUUGAAGAGAACCGGGAGUUCACUGGCCGCAUCAUGGAGUGGAUUGCGAGCCGUGAUCCGGUGAUGGCUGGGCCAUUCAACCUUCUUCUUCGCCCAGAAGAUCUUGCACCCGAGCGCACAUAG